CCCCCACUCUCGCGAGAGCGGAAAGGCGGAAAAUGGCGCCGGCGUGAUCGCGAGCCCGCGGCCGUCCAGGGAGUCGUCGCAGGUUCAGCGAGAGCCGUCGGAGCCGCGGGAACAAGAGGCUGAACCGGGCCGAGGAUGGAGGAGGAACCCUCGGGACCCAGCCCGGACAUGCCGGCCACUGCAGAGCCCAGCUCCAGUGAGACUGACAAGGAAGUAUUGUCCCCGGUUGUGGCUGCUACAACCACCUCCUUCUCCAUGGCGGAGGAGCCGGGUCCUGACCGGGCAAUCACUCCCCCAGUGUGGGAACGUGGAGGGCCUAGCGGGGCCCAGCAGGGUGCCUCCCCAGUCCCAGACAGUGGCCAGCCUGGCCCUGGACCCAGCCUUGGCCUGACAAGCACAGUCUCCGGGACCAGUGAGGACCUGCGGCCUGCUAGACGACGCCCACUACCAGGAAAGCAGAUACCCUGCUCCAGCCCUGGCUGCUGCCUCAGUUUCCCCAGCAUUCGCGACCUGGCACAGCAUCUGCGUACCCACUGCCCACCCACACAGUCCCUGGAAGGCAAACUCUUCCGCUGUUCCGCCAUGAGCUGCACGGAGACCUUCCCCAGCAUGCAGGAAUUGGUGACACACGGCAAGCUUCACUACAAACCCAAUCGCUACUUCAAGUGUGAGAACUGCCUACUGCGCUUCCGCACGCACCGCUCGCUCUUCAAGCAUCUGCAUGUUUGCGCCGAGCAUGCGCAGAGCCCAGCCCCGCCGCCACCCCCCGCCCUCGACAAGGAACCACUCGCGCUCGAGCGCCCCCCGGAGUCCGACCCCACGUCGGCACCGGGCCUGCAGUUCCCGCUGCUCGAGCCUUUCACGACCCCCGCCCCUGCCCCCACCGGGCCCUUCCUGCCCUACUUGAACCCCGCGCCCUUUGGCCUAAGCCCCCCACGCCUGCGCCCCUUCCUGGCCACCGCUCCCGGGCCGCCUGCCUCCAGCGCCGCCGUGUGGAAAAAGAGCCAAGGUGCAGGCGGCAGCCCGCGAAGACCCCAGGGCGGCUCCGACGCGCCCUCAGGGCACGCGGCCCCGAGCCGCAUCGUGUGGGAGCACACGCGGGGCCGCUACUCGUGCAUGCAGUGCGCCUUCUCCACGGCCUCGCGGCCCGCCAUGACCCUGCACCUGGAGGACCACCGCCCUGGCGCCCCCGCGGCCCCGGCGUCCGGGCAGCCGCGCCCCGACCCCGACGCGCGGGCGGGACGGUCAGUCAGCCCGUCACCAGCCUGAGGUGGCUGCUCUCGGAGACCCAGAGAGGACCCAGACAUCAUCCCUGGCUUCCUGGGGCCCUUGCUUGGAGGGGGACCCACAUCUGGAAAUGUGACUCAGGAUGCGUGUCUGUCUGUGCACGGCUGGAUGCACAGAAGCUCCAGAAUUCUCAGGCUGUGCUCUUAACGCUGACAUACUAACAAGCGGUCGUUUCCGACGGUGCCUCCUGAGGCCUUCAUGGCAGGGCAGGCAAAAAGAAGGGCUCCCGCUGGGAAUUUAAGUCCUCAAAACAAAAGAGCCUUCUUCUGGAUCUCUCUGAAAACUUCUGUGUCCUUACAACUCCAGGUGUGAUCCUCGGAUCACAUCGGCAGCACCGGGACGCGGCAGCCUAAGCGGUCUUACCAUGGACCAAAGGCAGACUCCACUUGAACAACGGGGAAUGAGGGUGACCGAUGGGCACCAGUGCUUCUCAGCCUAGCUGCACAGUAG